CUUUCCCUCAUUCUCUCGCGCGAAUCAAUUACCUGUGACUUAUCCCUCUCUCUCCCAUUCCCCCGUUCUCUCCAGCGAAUCUCUGUCUGUCUCUCUCUCUCUCACUCACUCAGUCGCUUCUCCCAUUCUCUCCGGCAGUCCCUCGCACCUCACCGUCUCCGAUGGGAAAUGGAUCCCUGGGCCGAUGUCCACCGUUACCGAUCUCGUCUUCGGUGCCGCCGCCAUCUUAUCCGAAGAAGGGGAACUCAAGGUCUCCGCCGACAUGGACAUCACCUACCUAUCUCUUGCCAAGAUCGAUGAUGAGGUGGAGGUGUAUGCUCGGGUGUUAGGGCACAAGGGGGUUGUCGGCGGGCGGUGUUGGUGGAGCUUCCGAAGAAGAGGAAUGGUGAAAGGGUAGCACUAAGCAAGCUCUGGGUGGCAUCAGGCCGGCCAUUGAUCAAAUCCAGCAAACUUUGAAGAUCAAUCACAAAACCCCAAUUUUGUGGGAUCACACCGGUGAGGUUUAGAGAAAGGAUGGAGUGGACCCCUAUGGUGCGUUUUCGGAUGGGGUGGAGGUGGUGGUGAGAACCUUUGCAAGUGGGUUGGGGUUGGUUGCUUGGAUGGGAGAGUCAUGGAUCUGUCUUUCAGUAGUUCAGCAGUGCAAUCUUGAUUUUAUUCUGUUGUCUGAAGAAGGAGAAGAAGAAGGAGAGUUUGAUACCCAGGAGCACAUAUUGGAAAGUUGUUUUGAUGCCAAAGAUUUGGUUGUAGGUUAUAUGGGUGUGCCAAAGUAUGCAGGACUAAGCAUGACACAACAACCACAAUAUAUUACUAUCAGGAAUGAGCGUGGAAGGGAAAUGUUCAGUUUAGUAGAUAACCUUUUAGAGAUCACUCCCACAACCAGCAGUGGUAACAGGCAACCAUUUGUUAUGGAGACAGUCAAAGCUGAGAAUAUAGCAAAGGCUGAGAGAAAGAUCUGGGAAUUGAGCAGAAGCUCUGAAUUUAGAGGUAUGAGGUUCUUGGUUUUGUGCGCAUUUGUUGGGGUUUUGUUUGUUGUUAUUCCUUGUUUUAUGUGUGUGGUUUUGUGUUUGUGUGUGUGUUUUGGAAUUCAUGAUUUUUUUUUUUAUUAGAAAGAAUUAAUUUUUAAUGCAUGUGUCUUUUUUCUUUUAGAAAGGAAUUAAUCUAACUUUGGUUGGGUUAAUUUUUCAGUUAGUCACCCAACUAUAACUAAUUAUCACUUCGGUCACCCAACUUCAAAACAUAUCAAAAUGGUCACCCAACUAAUAAUGUCUUUCACCAGUCAGUCACCAAAGAGAUUCCGGCAAAUAAAAUCCUGCGUAGCAGCCUGAAUAGCUGAGUCAGUAUUAUUUAACCAUGUCAGCAGUUUAAUUUGGCUUGUCCAGGUCAGAG